AUGAGCGUCGAGAGCGUGCAUCAACAGUCGGAGCUGCUCGUGAUGGACUACCUCAGAGGAUCUCGCUGCAUGAAGACCAUGGACGCGCUCUCGCGCUGGAUCUCGGACAAGGCGAGGAAGUCGUCGCCCAAGUCCCACAGCGCCAGCGAGCUUUUCAACAAGGACGUCGCUGCGCGUAAAACUCAAAUUGGACGCCGGAAACAGUCCAAGUCCCAUCGCAUGAGUUGCGUGAGCCCGGAUGUCUUGGCGUGCAUGUCGGUCACUCCGACUGAUGCAUCCUUGCCAACAUGGACACCCGAGGAGGUUGCUAUGCUCAAGAAGGCGGUCAAGAGUACGCAAAGCAUUACGGACAAGACCGAGCGCUGGAAAAACGUCAGUUCCAUCCUCGGCCGAAGCAAGCGCGAGUGCUACGACAAGUACAAGGAGAUCAAGAAAGACCGCAAAUCUUCGUCCAAGGUUGGCGACGCCGAAACACCUCGCGCAAAGAUCAAUAACGUCGACGCGCCCAAGACCAAGAGUAAGGGGCGCUCAAGUGACAAAAAACAGCCACUCGACGACGAUAAGGGAUCUGGAUCCACUUGGGGAAGCGCGCGGGCUGCGUCCGCGACUGUCGCACCUGACCGCCGCGCGGCAAGCAAGUACGAAGCCGUCGUGGAAGAUGACGUUGUCGACGACGACAUUAUCGAUGACGUCCCGAGUGCGCCAGUGAAGCAGGCGCUAGGGCGUCCACCGGCAGUAGCGGCGUCCGUCGGUCGAUCGCUGACAAGCGCCGAAGUGUCGGCUAUGCGCACACUUCUCUUUGGCGAGACCAAGAAAGGCCUCACGUCGCACUGGACCGCGCAGGGAUUUCCAUUUGCACCCAUGCCUGGGUACGGCAUUGUGCAGCACGAAGGGGGUCCAUGCGGCGUCAUGGCAGUUGUCCAAGCCUACACGUUGUAUUUUCUCUUCCAAAACACUACACGCUGGCAAGAGCCGCGCGCGGACGAGCUUCGGACCGCCCUUACCGACGCGCUAACACACAUUGUGUGGCAAGCAAGCGACGGCUCUCAAUGCACUAUGGCCCUUCCUGGCGCUCAACCUACAAUCGAGCACGUGCGGGUAUCGUCGUCAUCCUUGAAUUCACGAUCAGCUGCCCGCGAAUUCAUCGCGUCCCACAUUGACGAGUAUCUCGCCCCGCGUGGCUCUGGGGUGAUUCUGCUUGUCGCGAGUGUUCUCUUGACCCGCGGCCUCACAACAAUUGCUGCCGACAUGGAUGCCCCGGACGGAGCGACGCCGACGCUUGUGGGUGCUCAUGACUAUUGUACGCAAGAACUUGUGAAUUUGCUUCUCGUCGGGUACGCGUGCAGCAACGUGUUUGAUGGCACACAAGACCUCGGUGACGGCCUCACUCUGCGUGGCAUUGGCCGCCAAGGCCUGGUCGGCUUCCUGACGCUGUUCGAGGCUUACGACUACAUGGUGGUGGGUGCAUUCUUGAAGGCGCCAACGUCACCCAUUUGGGUCGUUUGCAGCGAGUCACACUACUCGGUUCUGUUUGCGAAUCCCGACGCAGCGACACCGCCCGCCUCGGAGCAAACGAUCGUCGAGCUUCUCUACUACGAUGGACUCGCCAACCAAGACGAACCCAUCCAGCUCAGCGUUUCGCCAUUCGGGCUCGCUGCCCCCGAGAAGCCACGUCAUGACGACAACUCGCUUACGCCGCCGUUGGACUUGGUUAUCCGCACCAAGUGGCCGCGGGGCACCGUCGACUGGCAUGGUACUGAGCCCCUCUUGUAG